AAAUGAGUCAUGUACAGAUCAUUCAAUAGCUGCACAAGCCUUUCAAAGUCUCAAUCUUUAGAAAAUCAACGAUAAAACCAAAUUCUUAUCUUUAACAAGAAUUCUAUUCAACCCAACAUGCAGAGUGGAAAGGAAAAGAAAGAUCCUAAUCCUACUUAAAGUUUGGCAGUUCUUGGCUUUAAUUGGUGAUGAUGACGUCGUCAAAGGGGAGGGCCAGGGCUACAUCCCCUCCACCUUAUCAUCCCAAAGAAGAGGAAGAAGAGAGAAAUGAGGUUGUUGCAGCAGCAGCCGAUGCAGUCCUCUCAUCUCCCCCGUUGACCCAGAUAAGUGACCUGCCGGACGAACUACUCGAAAACAUCUUUUGCAGAUUAUCCCCCUAUAACGAUUUAGAACAUGUCAAAAUGACUUGCAAGCGGUGGUAUGACAUUGCUCAAAAAGUUGUAUUAUUUCUCCAGACCAAUUUUGAAGAUGCUGUGAUCAAAGGACGAGUUACAACUGCAAGGUUAUCCGCAGGGAUUAACCACCUUGGCCAAAUUGUUCCUCCAGGUUCAUGGGCAACAGAAAGAUUUGGCCAUAUGGCGUGCUAUUAUGAUAAGUGCCUCUACAUUGUGGGGGGGACAACCCACACGCCAACUACUUUUAACGAUAUGUGGCGAUUUGAUCUCGGUGCUGGAAAAUGGUCUCGAUGUCUAGGACAAGGACAAUAUCCUACCCCAAAGGCGUUAGCGUCUGCUACCGUAAUCAAGGAUAACCUCGUAAUUUUUGGAGGAUGGUCGCACCCGUCCGCAUAUCCUUUGAUGCAGCCCUGGAGGAUAUUUGACGAGCUUCACAUUUACAAUUUUACCUCGAAUAGAUGGACACUUGUGAUAGGAUCGGUGAAAAGUCCUUUCCCAACCGCAGGGCAUUCAGCUUCUAUUGUGGGGGAUAAGAUGGUGAUUUUUGGUGGGAGGAUAUUCAACCAAGCAGAACAGUCUUAUCCACUCUCGAAUUCUGUGUGGGUGUUUGACUUUGACAGUCAGGAAUGGAGUGAACUUGGAAUUAUAGGAAUGAGUCAGACACCUUCUGCAAGAUACGGACCAACUCAAGUGACGCUGGAUGACACACACAUUCUUAUUGUUGGUGGUUGCGGUGGUCCCAACCAAAUAUUUUCGGAUGUGUGGCUUCUAACACUAAUCUUUGGUACUGGACGAAAUGCCCUCAAAGGAAAAUGGGAUAAGGUGGAAAUUGCUAAUUCUGAGAUGUUCACUACCAAUGAUUUCCACUACCACGGAUGCAAGGUUGGAAACAGUGUCGUGUUUCUGGAAAGAGCAUCACCAAUGUCUCCAUUUUUAGCAUUUUUGCAAUAUGACGUACAGCAUAACCCUCCCGGUGGUGACCAGCAACAACGCGGUGCAAAUUUCGAUCCCGUAGGACAGCGCUACUUUCAUUCCAGACGCCCCUCUGGAGCUAGAGGAAGCAACUCUCAAGCUACAAUGUCCAUCUACUCUCUAGAUAUUUCAAAUGUAAUAGCCUCUCAAACUGCUGCCUGGGCAAAGGAGUUGGCUUCAAACUCAUUAUUAACAAGACCUGAUGAGCGUCUUCUCUACUCAAUGGUGCAAGGACGAGCGCAACUGGUGCUCUUUGGUGGAUUUUAUAAGGAUACAACUAGCCCACGUUGUCGUGUUUCAAGCGAUGUUUUUGUCAUUAAUCAAUUACAUAAGAGUUAUUGAGCUUAUUGUUAAUUAAACUAUUGUUGAAUUCCAUAAGGUAUUCAUUUCCUGUUUUUGUUACUUUCCCAUUUUCAUUUACACAAUAAAAGCAGCAAGAAAUAUUAGUCAAAA